CAGACCGAGUGGACCCGAGAAGAAGAUGAAAAAUUACUUCAUCUGGCAAAACUCAUGCCUACACAGUGGAGAACCAUUGCUCCGAUUGUGGGCAGAACACCGUCUCAGUGCCUUGAGCGCUAUGAGAAACUUCUUGAUGCAGCUUGUGCAAAGGAUGAGAACUAUGAGGCGAAUGAUGACCCGCGAAAGUUGCGACCUGGAGAGAUUGACCCUAACCCUGAGUCAAAACCGGCCCGCCCUGAUCCGGUUGAUAUGGAUGAAGAUGAGAAGGAAAUGCUCUCGGAGGCAAGGGCUAGGUUAGCCAACACUAGGGGCAAAAAAGCAAAGAGAAAGGCUAGGGAAAAGCAGCUUGAAGAGGCGAGGAGAUUGGCCUCGUUGCAGAAGAGAAGAGAAUUGAAGGCAGCUGGGAUUCCUACAAGGCAGAGGAGGAGGAAGAGGAAGGGGAUUGAUUACAAUGCAGAAAUACCCUUUGAAAAGAGACCUCCUCCGGGGUUCUAUGAUGUCUCAGGAGAGGAGAGACCUGUAGAGAAUCCUAAGUUCCCGACCACUAUAGAAGAGCUUGAAGGCAAAAGGCGGGUUGAUAUAGAAGCACAAUUGAGGAAGCAAGAUAUAGCAAAGAACAAAAUCGCACAGAGGCAAGAUGCUCCUUCGGCAAUAUUGCAAGCGAACAAGCUCAACGAUCCAGAGGCAGUUAGAAAGAGGUCAAAACUUAUGCUUCCAGCACCGCAGAUUUCAGAUCAAGAAUUAGAGGAAAUAGCAAAGAUGGGUUAUGCGAGUGAUCUUAUUUCAGGUGCCGAUGAGCUCUCUGAAGGAAGCGGUGCUACUCGUGCUCUUCUUGCGAAUUAUUCUCAGACUCCAAGACAAGGAAUGACGCCCAUGCGGACCCCACAAAGGACACCAGCAGGAAAAGCAGAUGCCGUCAUGAUGGAGGCUGAGAAUCUUGCACGGCUGAGAGAGUCUCAGACACCACUAUUAGGUGGGGAGAAUCCUGAGUUACAUCCAUCAGAUUUUUCUGGAGUCACUCCUAGGAAAAGGGAAAUCCAGACUCCAAAUCCCAUGGCUACUCCUUUGAUGAGCCCAGGAUCUACAGGUCUUACCCCUAGAAUUGGGAUGACUCCAUCUAGAGAUGGGAAUUCUUUUGGUGCAACACCGAAAUCAACUCCUUAUCGAGAUGAGCUCCAUAUAAAUGAAGACAAUGAAAUUCAUAAACAGGCUGAGUUGAGAAGGAAUUUGCGUUCUGGUUUAACUAGCCUUCCCCAACCUAAGAAUGAGUAUCAGAUAGUUAUUCAACCCAUUCCAGAGGAGAAUGAAGAAGUAGAAGAGAAAAUUGAAGAGGACAUGUCAGAUAAGAUAGCUAGAGAGAAGGCUUUGGAACAGGCGAGACAGGAGGUCCUACUCAGGAAGAGAUCAAAAGUUCUUCAAAGGGAGCUUCCUCGGCCACCUGCUGCUGCAUUGGAUCUUAUUCGAAAUAUGUUAAUGCGAAAGGAUGAAGAUAAGAGCUCCUUUGUUCCCCCAACUUUGUUCGAACAGGCUGAUGAAAUGAUAAACAAAGAGCUACUUGCGUUGUUAGAGCAUGAUAAUGCCAAGUAUCCACUUGAAGAGAAAUCUGAUAAGGAAAGAAAGAAAGGGGUAAAGCGAGCAGCAAAUGGGAAAUCUUCUAUGCCUGUGCCUGAAAUUGAAGAUUUCGAAGAGGAUGAACUGAAGGAGGCUGAUUCUCUGAUUAGGGAAGAGGUUGAGUUUCUUCAAGUGGCCAUGGGCCAUGAGAACGAGUCUCUUGAUGAUUUCGUUAAAGCACACGAUGCAUGCCAAGAAGAUCUCAUGUACUUUCCUGGUCGUAAUACAUUUGGUCUUGCCAGUGUUGCUGGUAGUAGUGAAAAGCUGGCUGCUUUGCAGAAUGACUUCGAAAUAAUGAAAAAGAGAUUGGACGAUGAGGCAAAGAAGGCAACCAAACUUGAAAACAAGAUUAAACUUCUCACACAUGGACAUCAGAUGAGGGCUGGGAAGUUAUGGUCCCAGAUUGAGGCCACAUUCAAGCAAAUGGACACAGCAGCAACAGAGCUAGAAUGCUUUCAAGCUUUGCAAAAGCAGGAAGUAGUGGCGGCUUCAUACAGAGUCGGUAGCUUGAUGGAAGAAGUCAACAAACAAAAAGGGCUUGAACGAAAUCUUCAGCAGCGCUAUGGAGAUCUGAUAGCUGAGCACGACAGAGUUCAGAAGUUACUGGAAGAGCACAGGGAACGUCUACGAUUAGAGGAUGAAAUUACAGCAAAACAGAGGGCACUUGAGGAAGAAGUUGCUGCAAAACAGAGGGCACUUGAGGAAGAAGUUGCAGCGAAGAAUCGGGCGCUUGAGGAAGAAAUUGUAGCCAGGAGUCAUACUGUUGACGAAGAAAUGAAAGAUGUUGGCGAAACAGAUUUGUCUAGUUCAGAUCCUACUGAUGCUGACAAUGCAGACAAAGUUGCUAAUGCACCUGAUAACCUAAGUAAAGCUAGCAAUAAUGAAGACAUGGCUCCAGAGGGUGUUGGUCAUUCUACUGAGUCCGUAGCUACUGACGCAUAUGUUGCUGAAACUGCUCAUCAGGUGGAAAACCCUCAUCCUCAAGCUAGUGCUGCUUCUAAUUCAAGUGGAUUGGAUGAGAUGAUGACAAUAGAUUCUGUUCAACCCAUAGUAGAUAAUUCAACUGUUUCUGACUCGACUGCUCCUACAAUUGCUAAUGCCAGUGAUCCAACCGUAAUCCUGCGAAAAUCUGAUGUUGUUGCUUCACAGUCUUCAGAUGCUGAUCCUAUAAUAACAGAGGUGACAGUUGGUGAUUCAUCUAGGCAAAUGGAUGGUCCAUGUUUGGUUAGCUUUGGUGAAAAUUUGACUGUUAACGCUGAACUACCUAAUGAGAGCAAUACUUUGGCUUCAGGGAGCGGAGAGAUGGAGUCAAGUUAGCUCGGGGAAUUGAAAGGGUCUAAUGACACUGCAAUCAAGUUUGGCAUAGUUGAGAUUGUUGGUUUUUCCACUGAAAUCUGUUUGUUUCAGAUUAUGAGCUUGUUUCAUAUCGCAGAUGGUGAGGAUAUCAAAUUUCUCACUGAAGGUUUUGAGGGCAUCCUUAAAAAGAUGAGGAGAUUCACCGCAGAGAAUCUUUGGCAACUUGUAUUAUUUUGGCGGUAUCUUUGUCAGGUUACCAAAGAAACAAAUAAUGAGUGUAUUUCGAGAGGUAUCAGUUCAAGUUGCGUGAAUGAUAUAAUGGCAUAUGAGAAUAUUGUUGUAAGGCUAUUUAAACUCUAUUAUGCGAAUACUAGAACCCUGGACAUUAUUUCAUUUCUCAAGAUGAUAUAUCACUGUGACUUGGUUUAAUGUUUAUUUAAUUGA